AUGGACGGGCUGCGCCGCGCAUUGGCGCUGGCUGCCCUGCUGUAUCCAUCUGGUGUGGAGCUUGGGGAUCGCCGCACGCCGCUGGCCGACGACGGAGCAUCCCCGCCCGUGCCGCUCUCUGUGCCCUUCCACUUCUACCGCCGCACCUACCACACCCUCUACGUGAACAACAAUGGACUGGUGUCCUUUGGGGCACCCGAGACCCAGUACACGUCCGACCCAUUCCCACUGCCCGACGGCCGUGCCCUUGUGGCCCCAUUUUGGGCGGACGUGGACGUGCGGGUGGCAGGCCGGGUGCUGUACCGCCAGUCUCGUGCCCCUGGGAUCUUGGCCCGUGCCACGGCUGAUGUGGGCGCCGCCUUCCCCCACCUGCCCUUCACUGCUGCCUGGGUGUUCGUGGCCACCUGGGACCGUGUGGCCUUCUACGGGGCCACCGUCGCCAAGGUCAGCACCUUCCAGGUGAUGCUGGUCAGCGACGGACGACUUUCCUUCAUCAUCCUCAACUACGGGGACAUCCAGUGGACCACGGGGGCAGGCAGCGGGGGGGACCCCCGCAGUGGCCUGGGGGGCAUCCCUGCCCAGGCUGGGUUCAACAGUGGGGGCUCACGGCUGUACUUCAGCCUGCCCGGCUCACGCACCCCGGCCAUCGCCCAUGUCGGCGCCACCAGCAAUGUGGGGCUCCCGGGCCGCUGGCUCUUCCGAGUGGACGACUUCUCCUUGCCCCACGGCUGCGUCUACAACGCCCAGUUCCUGCCGCCAGGGGCUGCACUGUGGACAGAUGAGGACUGCCGGCAGCACUGCCAGUGCCUGGCUGGAGAUGGGGGGCUGACAUGCGAGGUGCGGCGCUGUGGGCCAGGCGAGGCCUGCCGCCCAGCUGCCGGCUACCACGCCUGCCAGCCUGCCAGCCGUGCUGCCUGCCAGGCCCUGGGCGGGAGUUGCUACCGUACCCUGGAUGGGCACAGCUAUCGCACCCAGGGGACCUGCGCCCACGUGCUGUCCCAGGCCCCGACAGCUCCCAGCUCAGGCCUGGCCCCAUACCGCGUGGAGGCCGGGCCGGGUGCCAGAGGGGGUGUACGCGUGGCAGCCCACAAGCAGGAGGUGACAGUGGCCAGCGGUGCCACGGGGCAUGUGAUGGUCAAUGGAAUAAGGACUCUGCUCCCAGUCAUCCUCCUCAAUGGGAAGAUCCAGGUGCACCAAAGUGGUUUCUAUGUGAGAAUCACCACAGAUUUUGGGCUGGUGGUCUCCUACGAUGGGCGGCAUCACGUGGAGGUCAUGGUGCCCCCUGCCUACUUCAAUACCACGUGUGGCUUGUGUGGGACCCUGACCAAUGACCCUGAUGAUGACUUCUGGAUGCCCAACAGCACAUUAGUGACAUCCCCGGUGGCCUUCACCACGAGCUGGCAGGUCAUAGAGGAAGGGCGCCCGUGCGCGGGGGACGUGGAACUGCCUGCGUGCCCUGAUGCCCAACGGGCUCGUUAUACCAGCAAUGACUCCUGUGGCUUCAUGGAAAUGUCUCCAGGCCCCUUUGCGGCCUGUGCUCAGGUCCUGCCCCCCGUGGCCUUCGUGGAAAGCUGUGUGGAGAAUCUCUGCGUGGUGCCUGACGCAGACCCAGAGGCGCUAUGCAGAGCUCUGGGCAGUUACAUGGAGAGCUGCCAGGCUGCUAACAUCACCGUCGGGCAGUGGAGGACAGACAGCUUUUGUGGGAUCACGUGCCACGAGAACAGCCACUACGAAGAGUGCGCCAGCGCCUGUCCGGCCAGCUGCUCAGACUCCACGGCCCCCCUGUACUGCACCCAGCCCUGCCGUGAGGGCUGCAUCUGCAACCCGGGCUACAUCCUCAGCGGGGCAUCAUGCGUGCCCCUGAGCCAGUGUGGGUGCCUGCUGGAUGGCCGCUAUCAUGCACUGGGCUCAGAUUUGAUUCUGACCGACACCUGCAGCCGCAAGUGUAGCUGCCGGGAGCCAGCCCAGCCCAUGCAGUGCCAGCCCCACACCUGCAGGGCCUUGGAGACCUGCAGCAUCCUGGACGGUGUCCGGGGCUGCCACCCCAUCCGCUUUGGCCUCCUGCAGGUCUUUGGCCGCCUGCACUACACCACAUUCGACAGAGCCACCUUCGAUGUCCCUGGGACCUGCACGUACACCCUGAGCACGUACUGUGGGCCCCCCGGGCAGCUCCCCAGCUUCACCAUCAGGGUGGAGAGUAAGCACUGGGGGUCCAUUUCCAUGUCCUCAACACGCCGGGUGGAGGUGGAGGUCUACGGGCAUCACAUCAUUGUGGACGCAGAGAAGGACGGCCAGAUCCAGGUCAAUGGCACCAUGGCCAACCUACCCAUGGCCCUAGCUUCAGGGAAGCUCUCAGCCUACUACAGCGGCUCCUCUGUCAUCGUGCAGGCUGCAUUCGGCCUCUCCAUGUCCUAUGAUGGAAGCCACGAUGUGACAGUUGCCAUUCCCGAGACCUAUGCUGGGCUCCUCUGUGGACUGGGGGGAGACUUUAAUGCCAACCGUAGUGAUGACUUCAGGACACCUGAUGGUUCAGCAGCUCCCGGCUUGGCCUCCUUCGUGACGAGCUGGAAGGCCCCGGGUUCUCCAUUCCAUUGCGAGGCCAUAGCACCUGAGAGGGAGUGCAGCAAUGGGGAAGGGGCUCGGUAUAUUGCCCUGAACUCCUGUGGGAUCAUCACCGACAUGGCUGGACCCUUCAGUGCCUGUGGCAGCCAAGAGGAUGCCCACGGGUUCCUGCAUAGCUGCGUGCAUGACCUGUGUGCCACAGAGGGAAGUAGGCAGACCCUCUGCCAAGUGCUCCAGAGCUAUGCCCAGCAGUGCCAACGCCAAGGCUUCCCCAUCCAGGCCUGGAGAGAACAGGCUGGCUGUGAGCUACUCUGCCCUCUCCACAGCCACUAUGAGCUCUGCGGCCCAUCCUGCCCAGCUUCCUGUGCCAGCCCAACGGGGCCCCAGUCCUGCCUCAUGCCCUGUGUCGAAGGCUGCCAGUGUGACAGAGGGCUGGUGCUGAGUGGCACCGCAUGUGUGAGCCUGGAGCUGUGCGGCUGCACCCACAAUGGCCGCUACUACCUGCCUGGGGAAGAGUUCUGGGAAGAUGAGCAGUGCCAGCAGUUGUGUCAGUGCCAGGGCUUAUCCCACACAGUCCAGUGCUCCAGUGCCACCUGUGCCCCAGGGGAGAUCUGCAGCACAUGGGAGGGGGUUCUGGGCUGUCACCUGCCCCCUCCCAGCACCUGCUGGGCAGCUGGGCUUCCCCACUACCACACCUUUGAUGGGCGGCUCUACGAUCUAUGGGGAACUUGUGCCUAUAUCUUUGCCGAGGUCUGUGGCAUCUCCCCAGUGGCCCCCUACUUCCGUGUAGAUGUGAGGCAUGAGCACCAGCCUCAGGACCCUAUGGCUGGGCUGUCGGAGGUGUCUGUCCUGCUAAGCGAGGUCCGGAUCCGUCUUCAGAGGGGACAGCCCAACACCGUGGAGGUCAAUGGGAUCACUGAGAUCCUCCCGCUGCGUCUCCAACGCGAAGGCAUCAUUGUCUACCAGGCCGGGUCACGCACUGUUGUGCAGACCGACUUCAACCUGACUCUGAACGCUGACCUGGCCCAUGGCCUGGUGCUCACCCUGCCCCAUGACUUCCGUGGCCACACCUGUGGGCUCUGUGGGAAUUUCAACGGGGCACCCGAUGAUGACUUCCUGCUACGGGAUGGCUCCCAGGUGCCCGAUGCCUUCCACUUUGCUGCAGACUGGAAGGCGGAACCAGUGCCCAGCUGCACCGAUGGCUGCCCAAAGCCCUGCCCAGGUUGUGCCCAGGGUGCCGGGCUGGUAGCAGCAAAGUCCCAGUGCUGGAUGCUGCAGGACCCCAAUGGUCCCUUCUCCACCUGCCACUCCCAGCUGGCCCCUGGCCCCUACUUUUCAACCUGCAUCUUUGACGUGUGCAUGUCCGGUGGGGACAUGCGUGUGCUGUGCCUCUCCAUCCAGACCUAUGCCACCGCCUGCCAGCAGGCUGAGGUGAAGAUCUCAAACUGGAGGAACGAGUCCUUCUGUGCCCUGCAGUGCCCAGCUCACAGCCACUACCGACUCUGCGGCAGGUCCUACGAGGGCAUGUGUGGCAGUACCUGGCUGGGGAUGUCCCGUGGCCAGACUUGCUCUGAAGGGUGUUUCUGCGAUGACGGCUACUUGCGAAGCGGGGACCGGUGCGUGUUGCCAGAGGAGUGCGGCUGCGAACGAGAUGGACACUACUACAAUGUUGGAGACCACAUCUGGCUCUCUGGUUGCACCCAACGCUGCAGCUGUGACUCCCGCAACACCCUCCGCUGCUCCCAUGCCCAGUGCUCCCCAGGCCAGCAGUGUGCCGUGAGACACAGUCGGCUGGGCUGCCAGCGCCACUUGAGCACCUGCGUGGUGACGGGAGACCCACACUACUUCACCUUCGAUGGGGCCGUGGCGCAUUUCCAGGGUGCCUGUGACUACGAGGUUGCGCACACCUGCAACUCCUCGGCUGCCGUGUCCUUCCGCGUGGUUAUGGCCAACCGGCAUUUCCGCAGCCCCCGUGUCUCCUUUGUGUACCGUGUGGAGGUUUGGCUCCGCAGCCACCAGCUCAAUGCCCAUGUCGUCUUGGAGCGCGGCAAGGCUGUCCACGUCAAUGGGACAAGGAUGCGGCUGCCGGCCCAGCUGGGCCCCAGUGCCGAGAUCGUGCGGCUGAAGAACCUGCUGGUGGUGAGGGCCGGGGGCAGCCUGGAGGUGCAGUUCAACGGUGCCAGCAGCGCUUUUGUGCGCGUGGGACCUGAGCACCGGCGUGGGCUCUGCGGCAUGUGCGGCAACUUCGAUGGGGACCCUACAGAUGACAAGGUGCUGCCGGAUGGGACCCCCGCCCACGACGACGCCCAGUUUGGCAACGCCUGGGUCUCUGACCGCAGCCCACCAGGGUGCACAAAUGGCACAGGCGAGCUGCGGCCAUGCCUGGCACUCCCUGAGGUCCGGCGCCUCUGCGGGAUCCUCACCAACCGCUCGGGGCCCUUCGCUGAGUGCCACUGGCAUGAGCUCCCUGGCCCCUACCUCGAGUCCUGCGUUUACGACCUGUGCCAGUACGGGACGGGCAACCGCAUGCUGUGCGCCGCCUUGGAGUCCUACGCCGAGAUGUGCGCCCUGCUGGGCGUGCGGGUGCCCAGCUGGAGACGGGCCCUGGGCUGUGGUUUCCUCUGCCCGGCCAACCAGUACUUCGAUUUCUGCGGCCCGGCCUGCCCGGCCUCAUGCGCGGACCCCGGCGCCCCUGCCCGCUGCAGGAAGCCCUGUGUGGCUGGCUGCUUCUGCAGGGAGGGCUACGCACUGGAGGCGGGCGUGUGUGUGCCCCAGAGACAGUGCGGGUGCCUGCUGGACGGCCACUACCAUGUUCUAGGCACGGAGCUGAUCCUGACCGAUACCUGCAGUCGCAAGUGCAUCUGUCGGGAGCCGGCCCAACCCAUGCAGUGCCAGCCCCAUGCCUGCAGGGCCCUGGAGACCUGCCGAAUUCUGGAUGGUGUCCGGGGAUGCCACCCCAUGCAAUUCGGCCUCCUGAGGGUCUUCGGCCACCUACACUACAUCACAUUCGAUGGAGCCACCUAUGACACCCCAGGGGCCUGCACGUACACCCUGAGCACGUACUGCGGCCCUCCUGGGCAGCUCCCUGGCUUCACCGUCAGGGUGGAGAGUCAGCACUGGGGGUCCAUUGCCAUGUCCCGGGUGCGCCGGGUGGAGGUGGAAGUUUACGGGCAUCGUGUUGCGAUAUCAGUGGGGCAGGACAGCCGGGUCCAGGUGAAUGGGUCUCUAGCCAAUCUGCCCCUGGUCCUGGCAGCAGGGAAAGUCCAUGCCUACUUCAGCAGUUCAUCCACCAUGGUCCAGACAGACUUCGGCCUCAGCGUCUCCUAUGACUGGUCCCAUGAUGUGACCAUGAGCAUCCCCGAGGCCUACGCCAGAGCCCUCUGUGGGCUUGGGGGAGACUUCGAUGGGGACCCGAGCAAUGAUUUCCGGACACCCACUGGCACUCUGGUCCAUGAUGCUGCCACCUUCAGGGACAGCUGGAAGGAGCCUGGAUCCCCCUUUCACUGCUUAGCCGUGGGGGUCCCGACACUGUGUAGUGAAGCUGAGCUGGCCCAAUAUGGAUCCCCAAAUGCCUGUGGGAUGCUUGUUGAUGCCAACGGGCCCUUCCACACAUGUGGCAUGCCGGCCUCUGUGCAGUCCCUGGCUGAGAGCUGCGUGAAGGACAUGUGCGCCAAGCAGGGCAGCCGCCAGGCCCUGUGUGAGGCAUUGAGCAGCUAUGCCAGGCAGUGCCAGCGCCACGGCCUGCCCAUCCAACCCUGGCGCCACAAGGCUGGCUGCGAGCUGCUCUGCCCCCCGCACAGCCACUACAAGCUUUGUGGCCCAUCCUGCCCAGCCUCCUGUGCCAGCCCGGUGGAGCCCCAGCCCUGCCCCACGCCAUGUGCUGAAGGCUGCCAGUGUGAUGCAGGGCUGGUGCUGAGUGGCACCACGUGUGUGAGCCCAGAGCAAUGUGGCUGCACCCACAAUGGCCGCUACUAUCUACCUGGAGAGCAGUUCUGGGAAGGCGAGCGGUGCCAGCAGCGGUGCCAGUGCCAGGGCUCGUCCCACAUGGUUCAGUGCUCCAAUGCCACCUGUGCCUCGGGGGAGAUCUGCAGCAUGCAUGAGGGAUUUCUGGGCUGUCACGUGCCCCCUCCUGGCAUCUGCUGGGCAGCCGGGCUGCCCCACUACUACACCUUUGACGGGCGGCUCUACGAUCUACAUGGCACUUGCAGUUACAUCUUUGCCGAGGCCUGUGGGGUCUCCCCAGCAGCGCCCUACUUCCGCGUGGACGUGAGGCACAAGCACCAGCCCCAGGACCCUGUGGCCGGGCUAUCGGAGGUGUCCGUCUUGGUGAAUGGAGUCCACAUCCAUCUAUGGAGAGGACAGCCUGGCACCGUGGAGGUGGAUGGUGUGGCCCAGCCCUUGCCCCUGCACCUGCCAGCCGCAGGUGUCAAGGUCCAUGCAAAUGGGCUGCUUGUGGCACUGAGCACGGGUUUUGGACUGCAGCUCCGCUCCGACCUAGCCCAUGGCCUGGAGCUCAUCCUGCCCCCAGCCUUCCGCAGCCACACCUGCGGGCUCUGCGGGAACUUCAACGGGACCCCUGAUGACGACGACCUGCUGCCGGAUGACUCCCAGGCACCCGAUGCCUCCAGCUUGGCUGCGGGCUGGAAGGUGGCAUCAGUGCCUGGCUGCACUGAUGGCUGCCUGGAGGUGUGCCCGGGCUGUGCCCAGGAUGCUAGGCUGGUGGCAGCAAAGUCCCAGUGCUGGGUGCUCCAGGACCCCGAUGGGCCCUUCUCCAUGUGCCAUGCCCAGCUGGACCCCAGCCCCUACAUGUUGGCCUGUGUCUUCGAUGUGUGCGUGUCUGGCGGGGACACGCGUGUGCUGUGCCCUUCCAUUCAGACCUAUGCCUCUGCCUGCCAGCGGGCAAAUGCCAGCAUCUCCCCAUGGAGAAACAACUCCUUCUGUGGUAAGUAGACCCCUCAUUACCUCUGAGCUCCUUCCACCAGAGAUAAUCCCUGGUUUGUCACCCUCUCCAUCCCUCCCAGUCCAAUUCCCACCAGUAUUGCACCCAGGUCUGGUCCCCACACCUCCCAAAGGCUAGACCCUCAAUACUGGAGGAAGAACAAAACCCAAGAGAGAGGAACAAAACCCAGCUCAGAGCCAGCUCACUCUCCCUUCUGGCCUCUGCUGUCUGCUGACAUGUGACCCAGGAGAUGGGGCAAGACAGAUCUAAGGUCUGAUUCAGUCAGUGGCAAUUUUUAGAGUAGUUUUCCCCUAAGCACUCUUAAAAAAUACCUAACAGAGGUGCAGAGCCCUUUGGAUGGCUAAUGUGGGUAUUCACAUGCUUUUGUUUCAUCACCGUCAUCUUUCGUGGACCCCUUAGACAUAGUCUGCAGACCCUCCAGGGGGUCCACAGACCACAGGUUGGAAACCACGGUUCUGAAAGAAAGUCUGUGGGGAUUUAUUACCAACUGUGUCCCAUGAUACAAGAAUGAGGGGUCACAGUGCAAGGCAGGGCACGACUCCUGCAUUGUGUGGUGGCAGAGAGCAAAGGCCAGAAAGGAGAGGGAGCUGAGUUUUGUUCCUCUCUGGGCUCAUUUACACAAGAUGCAUUUAAGGCACAUUAGCCUAAAUUUAAGGUGCAUUAGGGCAUGCAUCUACAUGCGCGUGCCGUUAAUGCGCUUUAAAAAUGGUGUAGGUACACAGGUAUCAAAUAUAGGUGCAAUUAGUUAAGAUGCGAUUAGUUACGGCACAUUAAUGCUGUGUGUGCCGACUGACUUGGGACUAACUUGAGUCCCAUGUUGGUCCA